AUGCGCCCAUUUUUCGAAGAGCAUAACACCCUCCGACCACUCUUAUCUCUAUCUGAGGAAGAGCCCCUCAUUGUGAGAUGGAGGAGAUCCGCCCGUGACUUCCUAAGCUCCCGAUGGGGUCAUUACCUCGUUCUUCUGUUGGUUACUAUAGAUGUCUGUUGUAGCUUUGCAGAGUUUCUCAUCCAGUUGCACCUCUGCGAGUUGAAGCAAAAUGGUUACGCCGUAGGCCAUGAAUGGGCCGUCAUCGAGGAGACCUUGGGUAUCACAGGCCUGGUAAUUUCGUGCCUAUUCAUGGUUGAAUUGAUCGUGGCAGCUCUGAGCUUCGGAACGGGGUACUUUUCAAACUGGUUCCACGUCUUCGAUUCUACGGUCAUUCUUGUCGCCUUUAUCAUUCAAGUCUCACUUCGGGGAGUAGAGGAAGAAUUGGGCUCGCUUGUCAUCGUUUUGCGUCUGUGGCGGGUGUUCCAAAUCAUCGAGGAGCUGAAGUCUGCCAGUGAAGACACUAUGGAGCAAUACGAGGAGGAGAUAGAGAGGCUUCGGCAAGAAAAUGCCAGUCUUCGCCAGAGAUUGAAUCUAACCCAAGGAGGAAACGAAGAUCUAGAAGGAGAUUUUGCCUAA